AUGCUAUCUGAAUAUUGCCGUAGUUUGCUAGCAGAAAGACCAUUAGAUAAACAACAGCAUACGUUAUUGAAUCUACCUGAAUUAGUAGAGCAAGAGGAAUCAUCGAAAUAUCAACCUUUUCCCAUUACAGAAAUGCAACGAGCUUAUUUAGUUGGAAGAAGUGGACAUAUUCAACUUGGUAAUGUUUCCUGCUUCUACUACCAGGAAUAUGACUGUCCACCAGAAUUCGAUAUUAAACGAUUGGAACAAGCAAUGAAUCAGCUGAUUCAGCGUCAUGAAGCGUUACGCAUAGUCUUUCCAUCUGAAACAAAACAAAAGAUUUUAAGUGAUGUCCCUUAUUAUAUCAUAGACGUCUUUGAUACGGAUGAUAAUAUAUCUUUAGAGAAACAACUCGUUGAAAGACGUGUACAGCUGUCUCAUCAAAUACUUGCCGCAGAUCAUUGGCCACUUUUUGAUAUUCAGCUAACUCGCUUCAGCAUUAACAACAAAACUCGGCAUCGCUUACACAUUGGAUUCGAUUUCCUUAUCGUUGAUCUUUGGAGUCUACAUUUGAUUUUAUAUGAACUAGAUGAACUCUACUUUAACAAUAAUACUGCUUUAAAACCACUUAAUCUUUCAUAUCGAGACUAUAUAAUGGCUGAGCAACAAAUGAAAACUAUGCUUAAUCAUCAACAUGAUAAACAAUAUUGGAUCAAUCGCUUGGGAUCGUUUCCAGUAGGUCCUAAUCUGCCAUUACAAUGCUUGCCGAUCGAAUUACAGUCACAGCGAUUCUGUCGUUUGCAACAAACGUUAGAUAAGUCUAUAUGGAAAAAUUUGAAAAAAAUCAUGAGAAAACUUCGGGUGACGCCAAUUAGUUUUCUGGCGUCCGUUUAUGCCAUAGUAAUAGCUAAUUGGAGUGAAGACAAACACUUUUCUCUCAACCUACCGGUAAGCCAUCGAUUACCAAUGCAUGAGCAAGUUAAUCAAAUAGUAGGCGACUUCACAUCGGUGAUUCCACUUGAAUUCGAUUUGAAUCAACCAAUUAAUUUUUAUCAGUUUGUUGGCAUUGUUCAAAAACAGCUGUGGAGUGAUCUUGAACAUUUGUCUUAUAAUGGACUGUCAUUUAUUCGUCAAUUGAUGCAAACGAAAAAUACGAGAGAAACUCUCUUACCUGUUGUUUUCACAUGUGGAAUUGACAAUAGUGAUUCCAAUGAUAUGAAUAGAAAUAUUAAUAUUCUUUUCGAUCAGUAUGCAGUAUACGGUGUUUCCCAAACUCCUCAGAUCUUUCUUCAUCAUCAUGUAUAUGAGCAUGAUGGUCAAUUAAAAUUCUACUUGGAUCACAUCGAAACUUUAUUUCCAUCGAAUAUGCUGGAAGAUAUGCAGAAAACAUUUAAGGAUUUACUGACGAUGCUAGCAUGUUCAGAUGAGAUGUGGCAAAAGCCGAUCGUUCCUGUCUUACCAUAUGAACAACAAAAACGACGACGUCUUUUUCUAGAAACAGAAUGGAAAAUAAAUGAGGAUCAUAGAUUACUUCAUGCUAUGAUCGCUGCACAAGCUGAAAAAAGACCUGAUGAUUGGGCUGUUCUUUCCUCGCGUGGAAAUCUUACAUACAAAGAGCUAAUGAAUCAUGCUUAUACUCUAGCAUAUUAUUUACAACAACAAAGUGUGAAACCAAAUCAGUUGAUUGCGAUUUUAAUGCAAAAAGGUUGGGAGCAAAUUGUUGCUUGUUUAGCUAUUUUGUUAUCGGGUUCUGCCUACUUACCAUUGGAUAUUGAUGCGCCAAAUGAUAGAUUGUGCACAUUGAUCAAAGAAGCGGAUGCCAAAAUCGUUCUAACACAGUCUGAUUGUUUGUCAAUGUUUCCACAUUUCAACACUAUCUCAGUUGAUACAUUCAUUGGUAGUGUUUACCCAAUCCCAUUUCCCCUACAGCAACAAUUGUCGACUGAUUUGGCCUAUGUUAUCUUUACAUCAGGUUCAACUGGAAAACCAAAAGGUGUCAUGAUUAAUCAUCAAGCAGUCAUCAAUACAAUUCUUGACAUGAAUUCACGGCUGGAAGUUUCAGCUAAAGACAGAAUAUUUGCCUUGUCUCAUUUGAACUUUGAUCUUUCUGUUUUCGAUAUAUUCGGAGCAUUGAUUAGUGGUGGAGCUAUUGUCAUACCUGAUCAUCAACAUUAUAAGGAUCCAAAACAUUGGUAUGAAAUGAUGGUCACACAUCAAGUGACUAUUUGGAAUAGCGUUCCAAUGCUGAUGCAAAUGUUAGUCGAACAUUUGAAGGAAAACUAUCGUGAAAAUCAGUUGCGUCAUGUUCUCUUAAGUGGUGAUUGGAUACCGAUUUCAUUACCAAAAUCGAUAGCAAUGACAUUUGGUGACCAUGUGACAAUAACUAGUUUGGGUGGUGCUACUGAAGCAUCAAUUUGGUCAAUCAUCUAUCCAAUUCCUAAAGAAAUACCGAUUAGCUGGAAAUCCAUUCCAUAUGGAGUACCUCUGCGAAAUCAGCAGUAUUACGUAUACGAUACCAAUUUAAAUGAUUGUCCCGAAUGGGUAACUGGUGAGUUAUAUAUUGGAGGCAUUGGAUUAGCUGAUGGUUAUUGGAAAGAUUCUGUCAAGACUCAAACGAAUUUCAUUACUCAUCCCCGUACUCGUGAGCGUCUCUAUCGAACAGGUGAUUAUGGUCGAUUCCUACCGGCUGGAUAUAUUGAGUUCAUUGGACGAAAAGACUUUCAAGUGAAAUUACACGGACAUCGAAUCGAACUUGGAGAAAUUGAAUACCACCUCGAUCAACAUCCCGAUAUUCACCAAGCAAUGGUAACUGUUGAUAAGAAUUCUCAACGACUAAUAGCAUGUGUGAUGCCAGAAACGAACUCUACUGCGACAAACGAUUUGGUGGAAACUGAUAUUAUUAUCACUAAUUCUAUGGAGCACAACAAUUUUAAACUGGCUCAACAUGACACACAAUGCAACACAAGAGCAAGCAAACAUUUUUCUUUGACAAGACCCGAACAAACAGAAGCAUUAAUCAAUGCCUACUAUACACGAAAGAGUUACCGACAAUUCACGAGUGAAACCAUGGAAAAGUCUCAAAUCGAAUACCUUUUAAGAAAAUGUUGUUGUAGGAUGAAUGGGAGUAUAAACAUCAAACCAAUGUUAGAUUUCAAUAAUUUAAGUGAGUUUCUGUCAGUAUUAAUACCAAGCCCUAUCGGAGAUCAAACAGUACCAAAAUAUCGUUACGCAUCAGUUGGAAGUCUUUAUCCAGUUCAAGUUUAUGUUGAAGUAUUUUCAACAAUCAGUAAUAUUCUACCAGGUCUUUAUUAUCAUAAUCGAGACGAACAUAGUCUUGAAUUCAUCGAUAUCGUUUCCAACAAAUCUAACUUUGAUGUGUACUUACAUCUUGUCGGAAAAUCAUCAGUCAUUUCAUCUUUAUAUCAAAAAAAAGCCGGAGCUCAUUUUUGUAUAUUAGAAACAGGCUAUAUUGUAGGACUCUUGCAACAAGAAGCAUCACAAAGGGGAUGGAAACUAUCAAAUAUUACUGAUAAUGAUGGUAGAAUACAGCAACGUCUUAAUUUAAAAGACAAUGAUACGUGUCACAGUUUUUCAAUCAAGUAUGUUAAAGACCAAUCAUCUGCUGACAAUGACGGAGAAGAAAUAGAAUGUCCAAAUUGUUAUGUUUAUUUGAAAUCAUAUGAUAAUGAAAAAAACCAAUGGCUCACUUAUGACAAGAAAGAGGAAACCCUCACAACUCUUUGUAUAAAAUCUGACAAAGAGCAAGAACAAAUAUCACUUAUUUUUCCUGAUGAUGAUGACAGAAAAGUUAUUUUUCAUAAUUGUCAAGCUGCUAUAUUUUUUAUUGGUGAACCUCAACAUACUAUAAAUGUAGGAAUUAUGGCUCACUUAUUGAUGUGUGCCGGUGUAGAAAUCGAUGUUGGUGUGUGCCCAGUUGAUAGUCGGCAAAGGUUUCCAUCAAACAUUAAUGUUACAAUCGACGAAAUUCUUAAUUCUUAUUCAUCGAGUACAGACAGCCAACUAUUACAUAUACUGCUCGUUGGUAAAAUUGAUCAAGAACAAAAGUAUGGACGUACAAUUUCAAAAGUGAAAUUGAUGCCUAAUUACAGUCAAAAAAUAAAAGAAUACUUGAAUGAAAAGCUGCCAACAUAUAUGGUGCCAUCACUUUUUAUUAUCCUUCGUAAAUUGCCUUUAAGUGCAAAUGGUAAGGUGGAUAGAAAAGUCUUGACAGAUCCGAAUCUAUUACAUUCAAACUUUCAAGAUAACUAUGUGGCACCUAAUAAUGAAUUAGAAAAAACUUUAGCAGUCAUUUGGCAAAAACUUUUAGGUGUAUGUCAAGUAUCAUUUCAUGAGGGCUCUUUGCAACAGCCAUCGAAACAAAACUUGGCUCAUUCAGAGAUGUCAGUGGAUACUGAAUCAAAUGCAAUUAAUAAUCAAUGCAAAGAUGAAAAACUAGUUUCUUUCAAGAAAUCGACGGAAUCAAAUGGUUUAAGCAUCUCUACCAAUGCAAGCUUCUUUUCUAUCGGUGGUGAUUCAUUACUUCUCAUCAAACUCUAUCAACGAUAUCAAUCAAAGUUCGGCUUCGACGAUCAAGCGCUGAGCAUUGGACAAUUCUUGCACAAAGUUACAAUAGAGGAACAUGCAAAACUACUUCAAUCAAUCAAUCUGAACAACACAGUACCACAAGCGUGGCAAGCUCUUCAUAUCAGUGAAGGUAUUCAUCGUCUUCACAAGAUUAUUAUUGUAGUUUCUCUUGUUUAG